CGAAGUCAUUUCGAGUUUUCGACAACUGCUGAUAUGUCAAAAAUUGUUUUGAUCGAGAGUAUCCCGAGUAUCCACAUCGUUUUAUUGAACAGCUUGAACGCGGGUUUUAGAAUUUCCCUGUGAAAAGUUAUUUUCCUUCAUAUUGGAUAAUAAAAUAGGCAUCAGCAUCCAAUUCGGUUCCUCAACAUGAUUAUCCCCGUGAGGUGUUUCACAUGCGGCAAAGUUAUCGGUAACAAGUGGGAAUCCUAUUUGGGACUCCUACAAGCCGAAUAUACGGAAGGUGAUGCUUUGGAUGCUCUCGGACUGAAGCGGUAUUGCUGCCGCCGUAUGCUGUUGGGCCAUGUCGAUCUUAUUGAGAAACUGCUGAAUUACGCCCCACUGGAGAAGUAAUGUUUUAGUUUUGUGGUUGUAUGAUCAAGAUUUUGAAGGUUUGGAUGUAUAGUGAAACAAAUAAAUGAAUAAACGAGUAUUUUAAGCAAUAAA